AUGGCGAGCGACGAAACUAAGGCCAGAAUGACACCAGAGGAGGCGAUCAAAGAAAUACGAACGUUACAACUAAAACACAACUCAACAAUUCAAGACACACAAGAAGAAAUCCAGAAAAUUCACUCAGAAAUCACGGCAAGUAUCACCGAAACCAACAGAAAAAUGAGAAAAGAACUAGACGAUAUCAACGAGAAAUUUGCGUCUCAAAUAACAUUAGUUAAUGCACAACUUGAUAAAAACUUAUCAAAUUUUAAACAACAAUUAGCUGACUUCAUGGACGAACAAUUAAAAAAACUUAACAACGGACCAAGCAUGACACAAGAUGCAUCAAAUAGCCAACUAUCAAUAUUAAUACAAGAAAUAAAGGAAAUGAAGCCUAACAUAGCUGAAAUAAAAAACGCACAGUCGAAUGAUGAUCACACGCAACAGAUGGAUACGCAUCCAAAUGGGGUAUUAUUCACCUCUGCACCCAAGCAAUUCCAACAGGAUCACAACACUCCAUCAUCAUCACUUAACAACGAUACUGCAUCUAUGCAUUCAAACUCAUUGAUAAUGAACAAUAGUAGACCACAAACAAUUUUUCUUCCCACGACAACAAGCGCACCUGUUUUUCACGACACAGCGCUAGAUUGGUAUUGCCAAUUGCGCAGUUGCAAUUGUUUACCAAGAACAUGGUCAGGCUUUAAACAAGCAUUUGUCAAGCAAUUUAAUUCUCCGAUUAGAAUCGCACAGCAAAACCAAGAAUGGAAAGAAUGCAAGCAGAACCAAGAUGAAACUAUCAAUGAAUUUAUCAUACGCUUACGAGCCCUGUGGGUCGAACAAUUUCCUCAGGAAACAGAAGCUGAUUUAAUCAAACAUCUUUUCUGCAAAAUGAGUCCUGACAUAUUAAACAUUAUGGGAUGUCCAAGAAGUAGCUCUCUACAAGAAAUUCUGGCCGAAGCACAGCGAGUCGAAGAAAUCCUCUAUCAUCGGCAGAAACAAAAUAAUACAGGUAAACGAACAUUUACCAAUUCUAAGUAUAACAAUAAUAAUAAUAACUAUUAUAAAAACAACAAUGUAAAAUCCAAAACAAACGAAUCAUCACAAACCAAUAGCAAUACCUCAAAUAAAAAUACGCGUCAGCAAAAUCAGGAAAGUCAGCAACAAAUACUCUGUUAUCAUUGUGGCAAAGCCAACCACCGUUCAAGCAACUGUUGGAGUCUUCGGAGGACGGGCCGACGAGACUCCACAAAACAAUCAACCAACUGCACCCGUCUCACACCAAAACUUUACACAAUUCAAAAUUCAACUACAAAUACACUCAAUAUUCAAGGUAAUGUAGGUGGAAUUCCAACCUCCAUGCUUGUCGACACCGGAUCAUCAUUAACACUUAUCAAUUCAUAUUUAUUAUCACAACUUGAUGCACAUAUUAGGAAAGAUGUUCGACCACCACCAAAAGAUAUCUAUUUACAAUUAGCUGACCGAUCACCAUUAGACAUAAGUCACACAUUAAGACUACCUAUCACGAUUGACAACAUUACACAUUAUUAUAACGUUUACGUCGUUCCUAAUCUUGAACGCCGUUGCAUAAUAGGAAACAACUUUAUUAAACACAAAGACCUACAAAUUGACGGAGGACAACAACGCGUAUAUUAUAAACGAUCACUGGCGACAAAAAACCAGCACUCACAAACUCCUGUCAAUGAACAAAAAGGAAUCAAUCAAACUGAGUCAAAGACGGGCGAACCUGAAAAAAUAGACCAAGCUCAACAGACGAAUAGCGAAACCGAAAACAUCGUUAAAAAACAACCAACGGUCAUUAAAUCAGCAAAAGUCAACAACUCUACGUACAUAUUACGAGCCACUGAGAAGGUUACAAUUCCACCGUACCAUGUAUGCAAUAUUACUGUCAGCCCGACUGUUCCAUUCGCAUCUACAGAAGAUAAUGAAGACGAGGAAUAUGAACUGUACACAUAUACUCGUCAUAACCGAGAAAACCAAAAAACACCAUACAUUGCAAAUGGAAUUAUCUCACCAAAAGAAUAUCUUCAAAUUCAAACUGCGAACCUAUCCAAAGCAACAAUUCAUAUUGCUGCAGGUCAGAAGCUCGCGGUGAUGUCACGAAUGAACUCACAACAGCUAAACGCAAUCAAUCAUCUAACAAUAUCUGGCGAACAACACGAGACAGCGGCAAAUGAAGGUAACCACAAUGUUGAUCUUUCUAAUACAGAACUGACAAAUGACCAAAAAGAGAGAUUGGAAGAAUUACUGAAAGCAUACCCGGAUGUAUUUACGGACAAACCCGGGAAAACAACAAAAUUGAAACACGAAAUACAUAUUAAAGAAGGUACUCGGCCGAUCAAUGCGCCACCUUAUCGAUGUGCUCCAAAUCGACGACAAAUUAUUGAAGACAAUAUCAAUGAAAUGUUGAAGGACAAAGUAAUUACUCCAUCUAACAGUCCAUGGGCAUCUCCUGUAGUAUUAGCGCCAAAGAAAGACGGCUCGUUGCGUUUCUGCAUCGACUAUCGCAAACUCAAUGCCGUUACGGUAAGAGAUGCUUAUCCAAUUCCAAGAGUGGACGAUACACUCGAUGCCCUUGACGAAGCAAAAUUUAUUUCUACGCUCGAUCUUAGAUCGGGGUACUGGCAAGUAGAAAUGGACCCUGUAAGUCAAGCGAUGACGGCAUUUAUUAGUCACAAAGGUCUUUACGAAUUCAACGUUAUGCCAUAUGGCUUGAUGAAUGCACCUGCUACAUUUCAACGCCUUAUGGACAUUGUUCUCGCCGGCCUCAAAUGGAAAUGCUGUCUGGUUUACAUCAACGAUGUUAUUAUAUACUCCACUAAUUUCAACCAACAUAUUAAUGAUUUGACUGAAGUUUUCGAUGCGCUGCGAAAUGCAAAUUUAACUUUGAAAGCAUCCAAAUGUCAUUUUUGCCGCAAGGAAAUUAAGUAUUUAGGUCAUGUGAUAACGACACAAUGA